AUGAUUGCUCUCCGGAACACGAAGGGAGACAUGUCUGUCUCCCCGUCCGAUGGUAAGGAGGCAAGUGGACAUGGCUGUCGAAGAGAUCAGAGUAGAGUCGCAGAUGAUUUUCUCCAUCCCCCUUCUCGAUGCAUUCCAGAGGUUCUCCUGUCCGAAAUACGACAUGCUGGUAAGAAAACGUACGGCACCCGGUCCCGACAGAAUAAGACCAGAACACCUGAAGAGCCUCCGCCAGUACUCAUCAACACCCUGGCGAGGCUCUUUACACGUUAUAUGUCGGAAUGCAAGGUUCCUAAACAGUGGAAGACCAGCAAGACCGUGUUGUUGUGUAAAAAGGGAGAUCCACAUAACAUCGGCAAGUAUCGCCCAAUCUGCUUACUGUCCGUCAUCUACAAGCUCUUUACAAGAGUGAUCCUUAAUAGGAUUGAAAAUGUCUUGGAUGAAGGACAGCCAUGCGAGCAAGCAGGGUUUCAAAAGAAAAGGAUUCAGCACGAUUGA